UCACCCUGUCUCCCCUCGCAGAGUGCCAUCCACAGAACUGACGCACAGAGACAGACAGUGUGUGUGUCACAUAGUGUGUGAAGAGUGUGUUUCCAAGUGAAUGUGUGUGUGACAACGUGGAGAGAACAAUAGCCCAUCCUUUGGAAUGGACCACAGCAGCAAUAAUACCGUAAUCAAGGAGUGUCUCGAGGAGCACCUGAAGGAUUAAAACUCCAAUCUGUAGGUUUUUACUGCCCGUUCCUCGCGCGCCCUGUAGUGUUACCAAGAAAACAGGAACGAGAGUAAACACGUGAAAUAAGAAGGGUCCAAUUCAUUCCCAGCCUGCCCGAGUUUGGCGCCGUGGCACAGAGAAGAGAGUUUUACCGUAUUUUUAGCAUCCUCUCUUUUCCCUCUCCUCCCUUCUUUUCCUCUCUCUCUCGAGAGAGGCGAACGGACCGGGCGAUACAGCUGUGAGUCUCGCGCCUCUCCGGUGGAUCUCUGUGGAUGUGUGACAAUGGAUUAACUGUCUUUAACGGGAUCCCACGUAUCUCCGGUCCUUCACGAGACCAUCGCUGCCACCUCUCAUCCCUCCCCCCGCAGAGAUCACCGCCAUACCUUGUGUGGAUUAUUUUAACUCUCUUUGGUCUCGUUCUCCCCCGGUAGCGCUCGAGAUGACCGCUGAAUAUGUUUUACGGUCCCUGCUGAUGCUCUUCCUCGCGCUGCUCUCGGCCAACGCCAGUAACUGGCUGUACCUGGCUAAACUGUCGUCGGUUGGCAGUAUCAGUGAUGAGGAGACAUGUGAACGCCUGCGGGGACUUAUCCAGAGACAGGUGCAGAUCUGUAAGCGCAGUGUGGAGGUGAUGGAUGCUGUGCGGCGUGGGGCUCAGCUAGCCAUAGACGAGUGUCAGUUUCAGUUCCGGAACCGCCGAUGGAACUGUUCCACACUGGAAACCAUGCCUGUCUUCGGCAGGGUCGUCACACAGGGCACUCGGGAGGCAGCCUUUGUGUAUGCCAUCUCAGCAGCCAGUGUGGCGUUUGCUGUGACCCGAGCCUGUAGCAGCGGAGAGCUGGAGAAAUGUGGCUGCGACCGCACCGUCCAUGGAGUCAGUCCGGAGGGGUUCCAGUGGUCAGGCUGUAGUGAUAACAUAGCAUACGGAGUGGCCUUCUCUCAGUCCUUCAUUGACGUAAGGGAGAGGAGUAAAGGACAGUCCCCCAGCAAAGCACUCAUGAACCUACACAACAACGAGGCCGGGAGGAAGGCCAUCCUGAGCCACAUGCGUGUGGAGUGUAAGUGUCAUGGCGUGUCAGGUUCCUGUGAGGUAAAGACCUGCUGGAAGGCCAUGCCCCCAUUCCGCAAGGUGGGCAACGUCAUCAAGGAGAAGUUUGACGGCGCCACAGAGGUGGAGCAGCGCAAGGUGGGCACCACCAAGGUCCUGGUGCCACGGAACUCCCAGUUCAAACCUCACACAGACGAAGACCUGGUCUACCUGGAGCCCAGCCCCGACUUCUGUGACCACGACCCGCGCACACCAGGCAUGCUGGGUACGGCGGGGCGGCAGUGUAACCGGACGUCGAAGGCCAUCGACGGCUGUGAGCUGAUGUGCUGCGGCCGGGGCUUCCAGACAGAGGAGGUGGAGGUGGUGGACAGGUGCAGCUGUAAAUUCCACUGGUGCUGCUACGUCAAGUGCAAACAGUGCCGCAAGAUGGUGGAGAUGCACACCUGCCGGUGAUCACCAUGGACACCCCCAGUGGAGAUCCAAACAAUUUCCCCACUCUCUCCCUCCUCACCUGCACUUGGGGAGGGAGAGAGAAAGGGAGGGUGGGGGGUGUUUGUGGUUUUCCUCUACCCCCUAUUUCAAAGCCACCCUGAUUCCUUUUACAACAGACCACGGGAACAGCCAGCCAGACAGAGGACAGGUUCAUACAAUGUUAAAGGAACAUCUUACACACGCACAGGAUGUAAAAUCUAAAACGGCAAAUAUACACUGAGUAUACUAAACGUUAGGUGGCAUAGACUGACCAGGUGAAUGCAGGUGAAGCUAUGAUUCCUUAUUGAUGUCACUUGUUAAAUCCACUACAAUCAGUGUAGAU